AUGAGUCUGUUAAAGAUUCCCUUCAUCAUAGCUCCGGCCAUUGGCAUCCAUAUUUCGUUCAGUUCGUUUUCUCCACCGCCUUCAGUCGAAGAGAGGGUGGAACCCCCCAAUCGUUGUUUAAAUGGAUCGGUGGGCGAUAAACAGAUCUGCACAUGGGCAGCAUCGUCUGUUGAAGUGGCCAACAUCCUCGUCACACGUAUGGAUCCCUCGCAAAUUCCAGAGGGCAUCUAUGGUGCCAGAGGCCUGCAGUUUUUGCGCGCUCUUCACCCCACGCCAAUCAGCCCCGCUUUCCUUGCCGGAAGUCUUGCUAUCACGAUUGGCGGCGUAUUGAGGUUUUCUUGUAUGUCGACGUUGGGGAAGUAUUGGAGCUGGCCGCUCAGCGUCAGACGAGAACACAGACUUGUGACGAGUGGGCCAUACUCUAUCGUUCGCCACCCAAGCUAUGCUGGUUUCCUUCUCCAAUAUAUUGGGCUCCUUGCCAUGUAUGGAGAGCAAGGAUCGUGGUUGAGGCAGUCUGGGAUUUUACAAGUGCCUUUAGUAAACGUGCUAGUAGUAAUCCUCCUCUUCGGACUUACAUUAUGUGCUUGGAUGUGCAUCACUCGACCUCUAGUGGAGGACAAGAUGCUCCAGCGUGCACUGGGAAAAGACUGGGAGAAUUGGGCGAAGAGGGUGAGGUACAGAUUGCUCCCUGGGGUUUAUUGA